UAGAUUCACCGGGGUACACAAUGGAGUUGGACGUCCAAAGACAUGACUGGCGAAUGUUUUAGGCUCUUCGACGCGUAUAUAAGCUUAAGUUGUAUAGUAUUAUACAACAUUGGGGGUGCUGUGUCCAGAGGCGAUGACACGACCUAAAGACGGCUUCACCUGAGACUGAGAGAGUGCUGAGUAACUGUUGACCUCACCUGCUGUGUAUCAGUGCGGCUGUCUUCUUCACUGUCCUCUGCAUGUUUCCACGUCUUUGUGUGUGAAGGCUUUACAACAGAGACCACUCUGUGAGUUACCCCUUCUUUUUACCUUGCAUUGUUAUAAGCUCAUGUUAAAAUGUUUAAUUUACACAGAUUCACCAAAACUGAAAUUAUUGUAGUCAGAGAAAAGGCCCGCACCGAAACAGGCUGAAAAUAACCCAAACCUUCCUAACCCUCUGACUCCAAAUGAUUGAUACUAAAUAAAAGCUAGCAAUGGCUGAAAUUGUACCUGUAACUUCAUAUUCAGCUCAUAGUCAACAUUUUUAUAAUUCAAUUUACAUGUUAGUUAUUCAAUCUUAUAAUAAAUGUGAGAUUUUACUUUGAGAAUAUAUGCUGCUUACAACUUCAAUAUAUCAUUAAAUCAUCAGUAUUUUCCAUUAGUUAUCUUAAGUGACCAAACAUAUUUUUCCUGGACUGCUAACAUUUAAACUAAUAUAUUCAAAGUGAUUUCAUGAAAGUUUUUUUAAUCAUGAUAAGUACGAUAAGUAGAACUUUAUUGAUUCCAGAAGGGAAAUUUAAUCCAAUUCAGCAGGCAAAUAGUGCAAAAGGUUUAAAGAAAACAUUUCAAUUUGAAAUUUUUGGUUUAAAAAAACAAACAAACAAAAAAACUAGUAUUCAAACAGAAUCAACGCUGUGUUCAGUAUAUUUUAAUCUACUUCAGAACAUUAAGCCACAACCAUGGGGAUGACUGCUGACUUAACAAUGGUCCAGUAGAUAAACCCAAACACCUAAACCCAAAGCUAUAGAGAUUAGUGCAACCUUGAGCGGAUUGUCUAUAAAAGCAGAUUCAAGAACUUAGGGGAGCUUCACAAGGACCUGACUAUCAAGAAUCUCUACACACAGCUGGGUCCAGGUAAUGGAUUACAACCAUCCAGACACUCCUGAACAAGAGACAAUGUCAUUAGAAUCUGGACUAUUGCUGUGUGUGGUCCAAAGUUCUGUGUUCAGAUGGAAGUCAAUUUAGUGUCUCUUUUGGGAAUCAAGGCCCCAGAGUCUGGAGAAGGAUCAGAGAGGCCCAGAAUCCAAAGUGCUUGAAGUUCAGCGUAAAGUUUCCACCGUCUGUGAUGGUUUUUGGUAUCAGGUCAUCAGCUGCUGCUGGUUGACUGUGUUUUAUUAAGUCCAGAGUCAGCUCAGCCUUAAGUCUAACAGACCUUCAUGCUUCAUCUGCUGAAAAGAUUUAUACUGGCACGGCACCUGCCCACAGCGCCAAAUAGGAAUGGGUGAUUAAUUAACGCUCACGAUUUAUCGCAAGAAAAAUCCACCAUGAUGAAUAUUUAUCAUCUCAUGUUAAAUGAAAUAAACCUAAGUUGAUGAUGUAAGCGAGGGAUAUAAGGGAUUUCCUUCAAGAUUGGGGCUUAGACGAGUGCUAUCAGGUAUGCCUGACAAUGGACAGUGGAUCUACUGCUGUGGUUCUUUCUGUGCAAUAAGAGUUUUCACAUUUCAGACUUAUUUGUUACUAGUUUUCUUAAUAACCUAUUCCUUAAACUUGUGGUUAAGUAUCUUAUUUGCCAAUGCCAACUGGUAGUGCCAUCCAAGAACAAUGAUUGUGGGGUUCUCAAGACAGAAUGAGUCAAAAACAUGGAAUCAUAAUUUUUUUUAUUAGGACUUUUAUCAUUAUCGCCAGAAUGGCAAAACUUAUCGUGAUAAAAUUCUUUGGCCCAUAUUGCCCAUCCCCAGCACCAAAACUACCAGAAACUGGCAAACCAGGAUAUCCGUGUGCUUGAGAAUCUUACGGAUAACUGUCAAGAGGACGUUAAGAAACACUCAACACAAAAAUCCAGACGAGCUGAAGGCCACCAUGUAGCCUGGUUUUCACUAACACAUCGGCAGAGCUAAAGGCUAAUAAGUUAAAGCAGCAGAGACAUCCCAACCAAGUAUUGACUGUGUGACUCACUGAACCUACUUUCCAGAAGUCUGACAUCCCUGAAUUACAAACCCCUUUUGACUGAUGUUAGCAAUGAUUCUGCCAAUGUGAGAUACUUGCUUUCUAACUCUCGUGAGUUUUGAACCAGCGUCAUUUUUGGUUUAAAACAUUACAUAAGUAUCUGAAAUUUUACCCUCCUGAAUUUUGAAAAACUCUCCCUUGAUAUUCUAAUUUUUUGAGCUGCACCUCUACGUGUCUUAUCUUUAGUUGCUCAAACCAUCAAAAUGUGAUGCAACAGCCCUAAAGGGUGUUUACCUUUGCACUGUGUAUAUAAUUAACUUGAUCCAUUUAAAUUCUUAAUGACAGGAUACUAGUUUAGUUCAUUGUCAGUUUCCCCUCCUGGUUUCCCAUCAUUAUUGAGCUGUUGUGUUCAUGAUAAGUGAGCUGCUAGUGAUUGGACAGGCUGGGAGGGUGGAGCUGACGGAGCAGCACACAACAGCAGGCUGAAAGCACGGUCAUCUUACCAGUGCUUCAACACAAGGCUUUCCUGUAAUAGUUCUGCUGUUUGAGUAAAUAUUAUCUUCAAUUUACAGAUAACUGUCAGCGAAAAUGUCUGAGGUCAACGUAGGAAAGCGUAAGGAGAAGUGUGAGAACUGCACCAAACAGGUAAAUAUCUGCAUAUAACUCACUAAUAUUAGAGUAAAUUAACUCCAGUUUACUUCACUAAUGACUUACUUCUGAAUUUCUGUCCUCAAUCAUGAAAUAUCUUUUUGAUUUUUAGUGCAACAAGAAACAGAGUGAAGAUGGGACCACCUCAGAAAAGGAAAGGGAUAAAAUCAAUGGACAGGUGACGUCUGUUCACUCAGAGUUUCACUGAUUGUCAAAUGUAGUGUUUAUUGAAUUGUAUCAUUAGUGGAUUAUAUCUUACAGAUAAUAUAACUCAUAUCCACAACAGUGGUUUUCAGGGUUCGACACUAGGAGCACAUAUGCCUCAAAGCAUCAUUAUUCAGGAGAGCAUAAAGACUCUUAAGAGCGCAGUGAAAAAGGCUCAAAGAAUCUGUUCUUCCUGAACAGAUACAAGGAGAUACAACUUAGUCCAACUAUGGUUUAUUUGAAUACAGAAAGAAUCAUUUCUGUACUAAACUGUUACUUUGACAAGCUCUCUGUUGUCUGAGGUUAAAGAAGAAAAGCACACUGGUCAUGUUUUUAGAAACAUGUAACAUGAUAUAUAGUCAGACCAGUCAAACCUUUUUAGACUGUGCUGGAAUGGCAUGUUAUUUAAAAUCCACAAAUUUAAAAAGUAUAACUCCAACCUGAGCAGAUGUCGCCGCUCUCGGUUGUCCUUUUGGCCUCGUGACUGAAAUGUGAGGGGGAAAAAAACAGGAAACCUUAUUCUUUUGAUUAAAGGAGUAAUUUUAGAAGGAUGUUGAAACCCUUUCUGGUGUAUACUGAUGUAAACUAGAGCUGUCAUGCUAUACCAGUAUUUAUGGUAACUGUCUUUAAAGAAUGAAAUAUUGAUGUUGUGCUUGUAUCCAUUCAGGUAACUACUGCAGUAAACAUUUAAUCUUUGUAACAGUUCUUUUAAUUGUUUUAAUUCAGCUCUGUUACUUAUGAUCCACCAGAUGUAGUCCAUACUUGAAAAUAAAAGCAUAGUUUCACAGUGCAGGAAAAAAAUUAACAUCAACGCAAGACAAAUGAAUGUAAAUAAAGACAUGAGAAACAAGAAUUAGAAAUGGAUGAUGACUGCAAGUUAGUCACAUUUAUCAGUAAGGUUUCCCAUAAUUUAUGCAAUCUUAUUGUUAUUAUUGUGAUAUUUGAAUUCCACAAAAAUUAUAAGGUAAAAUUGUGAUAUGGUGACAGCUGUAUUGUAAAUACAUAAGCAAUAACAACUGGAAGUGUGAAUGUGUUGGCAGAGCUGAACCAUAGUAGAUCACAUAUCUAGAUAUAUUUGUUUGUCCCUCUGUUUUAUUCCGCUCCCAUGGUCCACACUUUUUAAUGCAUCUUCAUCAUUAUCCUUUAUCUCUGACUUGUCUUUGUCUUGGCUUGAGAAUUGGUGUUAAGUGUUUGAUUGUCUUGAGAAAAAAUGAAUUAACAUAAUUGGAAAAAAAUCACUAUAUAGAAACAAAAUCCCUAAGACAAUCCAAAUCUUUCCUUUUAGGUGCAGGAAGGGUCUCAGCUGCUGCUGAGCGCCUGUCUGUCCUGUGAUGGCUGUCUGUCAGAGGAGGAGAGUCUGAAGAUCUCACAGCAGAGCUUAGAGGAAGUGGAACGGGUGCUGGCACUUAACAAGGUACAAUACCCACUUGGUCUCCUUCUGAACCCUCAGCAGAGAGCAGGUGAAUCUCAGAGCUUUAUCUUACAUUGUCCCCUUUGUUUCCCUGACAGAGGUGUGACGUGUCAAAGCACAAGGUGCUGGUAGCAUCAGUGUGCCCUCAGUCCCUGCCUUUCUUUGCUGUAAAGUUUGGACUGGACUUCACCGAGGCUGCCCAAAAACUCUGUAGCUUUCUCAAGAGCUUAGGUGAGAGAGCAUUAUUCAUUAACUGUCACAGAGAGACUUCCCACAAUAUUUAUAUUGAUUCCAUGCAUUAUUCAAAAUUGACAGAUUUACAUCUCUGCAUUUCAACUUGAGAUGAUACAGAUGAUCCAGGAUAUUUGUGUUAUGUUGAACUGAUCAUUUAGUUUCACAGGGUUUCUGCAGAUCCUUCAAAAGUCUUAGAUUAGUUUCAAAAAGUUAAGGCCUCAAAAUACCUUUUAAGAUCUUAUUUUUGCUCGUGAGAGGGCUUCGAUUUUAGACAAAGAUCUGAAUAAAAAUUCACUUUUUCAUAUGUUAAAACAGCUAAACAAGCUCUAUGAAUGAGGGGAGAGCAACAAAAUUGAACUCCACUCCAACUCUUCACUCUUCUAAAAAAGCAUCAGUGUGAGAUUCAGUUGAUUUCAUUAAUGUCAGAAACUCCCUACAGGAGCUUUAAAGGGAUAUUCCGGUGUAAAAUUAAUUUGGGUCAAACACACAGUAACACCGAGUUAGACACCCCCUUGAGAGAUCAAUGUUGCCGACCGCUUGCUUCUCUAGUUAUACCAAUUUUAGUAAUGACCGCAGGAUAGCAAUACACAGCGGUCUGAGGAGCCACACACAAACCUCAACCAAAACGCCACUCUAUAGCCACAAAUAAUGCAUUUCUUUAGCUAAGACACUAAACACAACUCACCUACUCUCUUCCGGCAGCCACUUGUUUGUAGCAAGACCUCAGGCCAGUCCAUUACGGACUGCUGCGGGGUGACGCAGCUCAAGGAAGAGGAAAUAAUAAUUUCUUUAUAAUUUCCUUGAAGUAAGAAUCACCAUAUUAAUCAUUUUGCACUGCAGAUGCAGUAGUUCUUCUGCCUUAGCGUCUCAGUCUGAUUGCAUUUCGAUGAAGAAAUAUCCCUUUAAGCCUGUGUUCAUUUACAUUAUUCUGCUGUGUGAAAAAACUAUUUACUUUUUUUACCUCUGGUUUGAAUCCAAAAAGGCCUUAAAAAGUCUUUAAUAAGAAUUUAUAUCAGGUUUUGUGUGUCAUUGUCUUCAUGGAGUUUAAUAUUGUAGGCUUUAAACAAAACCUGUUUUGUUUGUUUGUUUGUUUUGUUACAUCAUAAGCCUCAUGAGCUUGUAGUUUUUCUGAGACUGUUGGCAUCACUUUGUAAAGAUGUCGUCACCUUUGUCAUUGGGGUGAAGAGCUGACAGUUUCAGUCAUCUGUCUUGUGUCCUCGCCCUCUCCUUUCUGUCUGUGUCCUCGCCCUCUCCUUUCUGUCUGUGUCCUCACCCCUCUGUGUUUUCCGGCAGGAGUGCGGUAUGUGUUUGACACCACGCUGGCGGCCGGUUUCAGCAUCUUGGAGAGUCAGAAGGAGUUUAUUCAGAGGUUCCGCAGGAGGCACCAUGACUCCAACGCUUUGCCCAUGUUCACCUCUUCCUGUCCAGGUACACUAUCACCCCUUUUCUCCUCCCAGGAUCUUUCCUUGCCUCUUUCCUUUUCAUUCACAGCUUUGACCUCUACUCUGAUGCUUCCCACUGUGCCUCUGCUGGUCCUCAUGGCAGCUUGUGUUAGAAGCUUAGAUAGCAGUGUGUGCUGGUGGAUAGAGAUAUGAAGCUCCUCUUAAACCACGCCCUUCACCAGAGAUAGAGUGAGAAAGUGUUGAAGACCUUCAGGAGCUCUCAGUUUCUUCUCAGGAAACAAAUUUAGGCUCUUUUUCACUUGUUUACUCUGUGGGGUCUCUAAACUAGUUCUUAAAUGUGGUUUCACUCAACCUCAGAAAAGGAAGCUGCUGGAAAUUUUGAUCUUUAGAAAUAUUUACAGCAGUAAUGAAACUAUCUAAAAUGUCAAAAUAAGCAAAUAAAAAAAAAAAACUAAGAAAUAUUUUAAUCAUUGUUUAAACUUAAAAUGAGUUCAACAGUGUGUCUCAGCUUUUUAGAAUUCUUCUCAUAAUAGAUUUAGAGUUUGAAGAUCCUGUGUGGAGUUCUAUCUGGUUAUGAAAGCGACCGAUGGAAACAGUAAGGCCUUAAUUGGUGUCUGGAUCCAGUUUAGUCUUUUUACCGUUUUUAGUUUUAGUCAGUAAAAAGUCAAAAUGUCUUCUGUCUUCAAAAUAACUCAAUUAAUUUAUCAACCAUAAAUUGGUAUCAAUGUUGUUCUAGUGUGUCCUCACCUUGCAUCUGUAAAACACUAUGAAUUGCCUUGUGUAUGAAUUGUUCUAUACAAAUAAGCUUGCCUUGCCUAGAGUCUAAAUCUGCGUCACUUCUCUCUCUGAAGUCUCAAAUUUGUGUAAUCUCUGGAUUACUUUAGUGGGAUGGUUUAGUUUAGACUCCCCCACAAUAUAAUGCUGCCGUGCUGUCUCUGCUGAUAUGGGCCUUGUUUGAAGUCAAGAAAUAAAACAUAAUUUCUGUGCCCACUUCUUUUUGAGGGUGGGGGUUUGGGCUCAGCCCCCAAUCUCCUUUACGUAGGAGAUGCCCUUGGACAGGCCUGCUGGCCAAACAGCUCACUGCUCUCCCAGCUGUAUCUUUGACUUGGAGGAUUCAGAGUUAAUAAUCACAAAGCCCCUUACAAAAUAUGAUGUCUUUAAACAAAUACAAGGUCUGAACACAGAGCUGUUAACAUUAAAGGACAGUUUUAAAAUAUGAAAUUGAUGCCGCUAAUAGCUGGUUGUUUCUUUAUCACUGACAUGAAGCAUGGAGGCAGAGAGGAGUUUGUACCUGUUGCACUCUUGUUUGAAGCGAUUAGAUAAACUCUGAGCCCUUCAACUAACCUAGCCUGUUACAGUGACUGUAUUUUAAUUAAGGGAUUAGAUUAGAUAGGAUUUGUUUAGAUAAGAUAGACUUUUUUCGAUUCUUUUAGGAAGGUUCCCUCUUGAAAAUGAAAAUUGCUGUCAUUUUUGAUGUCAGUGAGUGCUGUGAGGAGAUAAGAGUCAGACCAGGGGGGUAUUCCACGAAGCUGGCUUAGCUCAAAGCCUGGCUUAUUUCGGUUAGCUUGGCUAGUUUUAGUUCGGUUCCACAAAUGAGGCUUAGGGCUAGCGUGGCUUGGUAACCAUGGUAACUCAGCCAGCACGACAAGCCUGGUCCCAGGCAGGCUUACAGUCAAGCUAACCUUAGCUGUGUCUCAGAAAAGGUCCGACGGGCUUCCAGAAGACGCUUUGUGAACCACAUGUCACACAGUAAUUUCAUCUUUAUCUGUAAUAAAUGAUGCUCUUGUUCGGAAAAAUAAAUUGAGAACUUUUUGGAACACCACAGGAAUACGUGAAUUCGGACAUGCCCAAUACUACGCCAACCUCAAGGAGAAAAAGAAAUUCAGUAGCUGAGUGGGUAAAGAGAACUGCCGGUAAAAUGUGUUUUUCACUGCUCUGGGGGUUCGAUCCUGUCAGCAGUAAUUAUUUGGAGAUAUCUGAUUUUAUUUCUUUUAGUCUGUGACUCUCAAUUUAUUGUCAACACAUAACAGAAGAAAGGCACAAAUGAUCUCAUCCAAAACACUGAAGGCGACAACAGCAACAAUUUCCCAUUAAAAAAACCUCCCUCUCACCAGUGGUCGAUUCUGAUUAUAAUGAUGAUAAUGUGAAGGUGAUGGCAAAUGACGACAUGACUACUCUGUGUACAAGCUCAUUUGUGUCGUCUCCCUUAUUUAAAUGAAGGGCGCUGUGCCACUAUCAUCCCUAAUAAAAAAAAGAAAAGAAAGACAUCUCCAGGUACAUGUUUUUCUUCACUUUUUGUCUAAGUUUGCCUACUUUAGUUUUAGGUCUUACCUGUAGCUGCUAUACCAAUCCAUUAUGGAUAUCUAUUUGUCAAAUCAAAAACAUGAAUUAUGCCUACAGUACAGUAGCGGUUCUUGGCACAGGAGAACCGGGCAGCCACCCGGGGCGGCACCGCAAAGCGGUUUUGUAUUAACUCUUGUCAAAUUGGCGCCCCCUGCUGCUGUAGGCGCUCCUGCUUGCUAUGAAAGUGUUUUUUCCCUUGUACUCUUUGUACAACUCCAUGAAGAGUGUUUGCUCCGCCGCUGAGAAAGACUCUGCUCUGCCCUUUUUUCUCCAUGAUCUCGUCAUUGCGACAAUUGAUACGUCUGGGCUUUUUAUGUACUGCGGAGGCGCGCAUAGCCGCGGCUUGGUUCAGCCUGGCUUGAAUAAGCGUUGAUGAAAAACAGCUGAGCCUCGUUAGUGGAACGAGUCGCAGCUAAGAUUAAAGUGGACGCUUAUUCAAGCCACGCUUACUGGCGUUAGCCCAGCCUUCUUUAGCCAGCUUCGUGGAAUACCCCCCAGGAUACUUGCAGCUUAUUUUCGCAGCACAUAUCCAGAGCGAUUAAAACAUUUGAAAGUUAGAAGAAAGCAAGAUGACUUAUUUUGUUAGAGGACACUUGUACAGAUAAGGGUGAGAUCAGCAAGGAUAUAAGAGCGCUGAUUUGUCCACAAAGGGCGCGAAAACCAACACAGACAGAAAGGUUCCCCAGAGAUUUAAGUUUAUAUAAAAAUUGUUUUUGAGCAGGGGAGAAAUAAAUUAGUUUGUUCAUAUGCUGUACCAAGGCAUAAGAGCAGAGUUCAAAGGAGCAGUCCUGUCACAGAACAGAUACCGACUCUGCCCCCAUUUAAUGCGCAGUAGUUAGAGACUGAAAGUACUGGCUGACUUUUCCUCCACAAACAAAGUCUGGAGACACUCUCAUCAGCCUUUCCUCUCAAUCUGUCUAUCAUUUUACUUUCAUCAGCCUUAAAAAACCCUACUAAAAACAGGGAUGCAGAUGCAGAAAGAGGAACCGAGAGCUGAGAUCAUGUGCAUGAGCUGCUAAGUGGAGGAUGCUUACUCAUUUCCUGCUUGUGCCAUCUGAAGCAUUCAGAGAGCAUCAUAUAUAGUAGACUGAACAGACAAAUUCUGAGCAUGACAAUGACAAACAGAUCCAUGAUAAACCUACUCCUUCUAUAAUUCAUCAUCUGUAUUUGUUUUACCGUAUCUCUCUUGUGUACAUGUUUUUACAGUGCCUUGAAAAAGUAUUCAUACCCCUUGAACUUUUUCACAUUUUGUCACUCUACAACCACAAACUUAAUAGUAUUUUAUUAAUUUUUUUGUCAUAGACCAACACAAAGCAGCACAUUAUUGUGAAGUCAAACGAAAAUGACACAUGGUUUAAAAAAAUUUAAAUAAAUAAAAUCUGAAAAGAGUGGUGUGCAUUUGUAUUCAGCCCCCCUGUGUCAGUACUUUAUAGAGCCCCCUUUCACUGCUAUUACAGCUGCAACUCUUUUGAGGUAUGUCUCUACAAGCUUUGCACAACUAGAGACUGAAAUUUUUGCCCAGUCUUCUUUGCAAAAUAGCUCAAGCUCAGCCAGAUUGGAUGGAGAGCGUCUGUUGUCUUGCCACAGAUGCUCAAUGGGAUUUAGGUCUGGACUUUGACUUGGCCAUUCUAACAAGUGAAUAUUCUUUGAUCUAAACCAGUCCAUUGUAGCACUGGCUGUAUGUUUAGGGUCAUUGUCUUGCUGGAAGGUGAAUCUCUUUCCCAGUCUCAAGUCUUUUGCAGCAUCCAACAGGUUUUCUUCUUGGAUUGCCCUGUAUUUAGCUCCAUCCAUCCUCCCACCAACUCUGACCAGCUUCCCUGUCCCUGCUGAAGAAAAGCAUGACCACAGCAUGAGACCACCAUGUUUCAUAGUGGGGAUGGUGUGUUCAGGGUGAUGAGCAGUAUUACUUUUUCGCCGAGCACCUUCUUCCACACGUUUGCUGUGUCGCCUACAUGGCUUGUGGCAAACUGCAAACGGAACUUUUCAUGCCUUUCUGUCAACAAUGGUUUUCUUCUUGCCACUCUUCCAUAAAGGCCAGAUUUGUGGAGUACACAACUUAUAGUUGUCCUGUGGACAGAUUCUCCCACCUGAGCUGUGGAUUUCUGCAGCUCCUCCAAAGUGACCAUAGGCCUCUUGACUGCUUCUCUCACCAGUGCUCUCUUUGCUCGGUCUGUCAGUUUAGGUGGACGGCUAUGUCUUGGUAGGUUAGCAGUUGUGGCAUACUUUUUCCACUUUUGGAUGAUGGAUUGAACAGUGCUCCUUGAGAUGUUCAAAGCUUUGGAUAUUUUUUUUAUAACCUAACCCUGCUUUAAACUUCUCCACAACUUUUUCCCUGACCUGUCUGGUGAGUUCCUUGGUCUUCACGAUGCUCUUUGUUGACUUGUGUUCUCUAACAAAGCACUGAGGCCCUCACACAACAGUUGUAUUUAUGCUGAUACUAAAUCACACAUAGGUGGACUCUGUUAACUAAUUAGGUGGUUUCUGAAGGCAAUUGAUUGCACUGGAUUUUAUUUAGGGGUAUCAGAAUACAGGGGGCUGAAUACAAAUGCACACCACACUUUUCAGAUUUGUAUUUGUUUAAAUUUUUUUAAACCAUGUCUCAUUUUCAUUACACUUCACAAUUAUGUGCUACUUAGUGUUGGUCUAUGACAAAAAAUCUCAAUAAAAUACUUUUAAGUUUGUGGUUGUAGUGACAAAAUGUGAAAAAGUUCAAGGGGUAUGGAUACUUUUUCAAGGCACUGUAUUUGAUGAUAUUCCUCUUGUGCUUCCAGGUUGGAUUCGUUACUCAGAGCGCGUCCUGGGCAGUUUGGUCACCCCUCACAUCUGCACGGCCAGGUCACCUCAGCAGAUUAUGGGCUGUCUGGUCAAAGACUACUUCUCCAAACAGCAGGUGAGCUUCUUCUUUAUAUUUAUGUUGGUGCUCCUCACUUUACAAGGAGGCGGUCUGUUGAAGAGAGGGACCAAUUAAUCAGACCAAUUAAAGGGACUAAUUAAUGACAUUUUGGCGCCAUUGUCAUACAAGUAAUCUGUGUUGUUGAUCUGAAAAAAAAACAUAAAUGAAGACAAAGGCGUUCAGUUGUGCAUCAGAGGAAUCUGUCUAAUCAGUAUCUUAUUAUUAUUAUUAUUAUUAUUAUUAUUAUUAUUAUUAUUAUUAUUAUUAUAUUAUCAAUAUUAUCCCUGCAGAAGCUUAGUCCAGAGAAGGUGUACCAUGUGUUGGUGGCCCCCUGCUUUGAUAAAAAGUUUGAGGCUGUCAGAGAGGAGUUUUACAACAGCCUGCUGGAGACCAGAGAUGUGGACUGUGUCCUCACAUCAGGUACAGUCCUCCUCAUCUCACACACUUCUACUCUGGACCAACAAAUUUUCAGAUCACGUUAAUGUCAGAGCAUUUAUUCUUUGGAGGUCUGGAGCCAGUUUGACCUUAAUAUUGAAUAUCUCAUCCUGAAAAUAAAAAACAUGUCACAUUUAAUGAUCAAGUUCACUUUUAAAAGAAACUUUUUUUAUAUUAUAAGUCAUAAUACAGCCAUCACAAUUACUCUCACAUAGCAGUCGGUCCCAGCUAUAAAAAAAAGACAUAUAACAUAUAAUGAGGCAUAAUUAUAUCAAUUGAAAGAGAGUGUUGAUUUUAAACACAAUAUGAUAUUGAAUUUGAAUUGAUAUUUUCUGUUGGGAUUCAGUGAAAAUGUAACUUUGAAACACAUUUUGAUAGUUGGCAAAUUAUUUAACCUGUAAUUGACUAAAACAGCACAAAGACAGCAUUUGCAACAUUAAAACUGACAAGUUUUAUUGUUGAACAACAAAUGUAUGAUAAUUUUAAAAUUGAUGCUAGCAACACGUUUUCAAACAGUGAGGACAGAGAGCUGGAGGAACAUCUCCAAACUAAUAAUGAGAUGAAUUUUCAAUAGUUUAGUAAAAAGACUGGGUGUAAUAAGGACAUUCAGAGAGGCUGAGUCUCUCAGAAGGAAAGAUAGGAAGAGGUUCACCACUCUGUGAGAGACUGUGUGAGUUAACAGUUCAACAGUUUCAGAAUAAUUUUCUUGAGUGUUAUAUGUGAAAGAAUGAGUGGAUUUCAUCAUCAACAGAACAUGAUAUCAUUCAGAGAUUCAGAGAAACUGGAGAAAUCUCUGUACUAAAGGGACAAGGACCAAAACCAAGACUGAAUGGUCCUGAUCUUCAGGCUCUCAGGCAGCACUGCAUUAAAAACAGACAGGACUCUGAAGUGGAAAUCACUGCAUGGGCUCAAAAUCCCCUUCACAAAAAUUGUCCGUGAAAACAGUUCAUCACUGCAUCCAGGAAUGAGGUUCAAACUGAACAGUGGGAAGAAGAAACCAAAUAGAAACAGGAACUAGAAAUGUCAACAACUUCUCUGGGAUGAAGUGUCAUGUGGUUUGGCAUUCUUUAUGGAAAUCAUGGACACCUCAUCCUUCAGAUUUCAGCAAGACAAUAACAAACCACAUUCUAAAAAGAGGGAUUACAGCAGCAUGGCUCUGUUGUUGAAGAGUCCUGCUGAGAAACUGGUCUGUCUGCAGUCCUGACUUGUCCCCUGUUUGGAGCAUCAUGACACCAAAAACAGGAAAAAGGAGACCCUGAACUGUUGAGCAGCUGAAAUCCUCUGUGUGUCAAGAAUGGGACAACAUUUCACUGAAAAACCCCAGAAACUGGUCUGCUGGGUUCACAAUGAUAAAUAGGACCCUUCCCAACAGUUUUGAAAUGUGUUGCUGGCAUCAAAUUUAAGUCAGCAUUUAUUAACAACUUUUACUUUCAAUGUUUGAUGUGUUGUCUUUGCACUAUUUCUAGUAAAAUGUGGGCUUUAAAUAAUGAGUAUUGAAUGAAACCAUGAGGGUAAGUAUGUUCACCACGCUGUAUGACACAUACUGAACCAGUGAUAUUAAUAAUGGUUUUAUUAUAUAUUUCAGGGGAGAUCUUUUACCUCAUGGAGCAGAGAAAAGUUUCAGUGGAAGAGCUGGACUCUGUUCCCCUGGACCAUGUGUGAGUAUCAGAUAAACCAGUUUCCACAGUUGUCUUUGGUGAGAAGUAACUGAACAAAUGCAAACUCUCAGGUAUUUUAAUCAGUGCAUAACUUGUACUUUGAAUUUAGUCCUUGUGGCCAUUGAGGGAGCACAAAUAUCUUUGUGAUACUUUGUCACUGUAGGUGAUGAAUUGGCCAUCCCCUCUGAAAAAAGUAUGUUUUCACUGAGGGGUUGUUGAAAUCGCCUGUAUCAUCAUGUAGUUUUUCUAAUCGUCGCAGGCUUGGUGAGGCUGGUGACCUGACACCAGUGAGACACGAGGGCCGAGGAUCUGAAGGCUUCCUGGAGCACAUCUUCAAACAUGCUGCCAAAGAGCUCUUUGGUCUGGAGGUUCAUGAGAUCACAUACAAAACCCUCAGGUGAGACUCAGACUGAGACUGCUGGUAAAACAAAUAAACAGCAUCGUGAUGUGGCAGUUCAAAACAUUUAUUUAGCAGCUGCAGUGAGAAAUAAACCUUAAUGAGCAAAUUUUUUUUUAAACACUUAUGUGUUGAGUUACUUUCAAAGACUCAAGAGUCUGUGGUUUUAGUAUUUUAAUGUAUGUUCAUGUGUUUAUGGACCAAUUAUGGAGCAUUUUCAACAUUACACAUUUUGCUCUGCAUGUAAAUGUCUCUGUGUGCAAACAGACCGAAUUUGAGGCUAUUUUGAAACUAUAUCACAGACCACAGCAAACUAAUGACAGAUGUCAAAACACCCUUCUGUUGAUGUGACGUACUUAAAAUCCUAAAUAUUCCAUUGAGGGAGCUAUAUUUUUAUUCUGUAUUAUAAUCUUAGUUUACCUCUUAUUGCACAUUUAUCUUUCAUCAUUGAAAGCAGAACCAAUGGCUUUUUAUUUGCAUAUCUUUAGAUUUUGAUUGAAGAUGAUUAUUUUUCCUGAUGUUUUCCAUGUCUACUGUGCAGGAACAGGGACUUCCAGGAAGUGACUCUGGAGAGAGAUGGGGAAACUCUGCUGCAGUUUGCUGCCAUCUAUGGUUUUAGGAACAUCCAGACUCUGGUUCACCGGAUGAGGAAAGGACGAGUGCCUUAUCAGCUGGUGGAGGUGCUUUCCUGCCCAGGAGGUAACUCCACAACUGCAGACAUGAUUUAGGAAGGUGUUGUUUUAAUAUUUUACCAGUGAAUGAGCGUGACACUUGAGCUCUCUGCCAUGUUUCCUCUCAGGGUGCUUGAGUGGUCGUGGUCAGGCAGAAAGUGAUGUGGCCGGCCGAGUGGAUAAAAAUCUGGUGCAGCAGAUGGAAGAGGUCUAUAGCAGCCUACCAGUCUGUCUACCAGAGGUUAACCCUGCUCUGCAUACCCUAUAUCAGGACUGGCUGCAGGGCCAGGACUCCCCCCAGGCAAGCACACUACUGCACACCCAGUACAGGAACGAGAGUCAGGUCCACACACAGCCACCACACAUGCAGUGGUGAGGAGGACAUGAAUGUUAAACUGGGGCUGACUGGUCAACUGGACCAUUAUAUUAGUCAAACUGGGACCACAAAGGGCACGCCAAGGACCAGUGAAGUCUCUAUUGGUGCUGUUCUACAAUGUGACCGCAUGAGGGAGCUGUCUGUCUUGAACUUUGAUGCUCUCUUGCCCUGGACUUGAGACUGAAUCUAUGUGAGCAUGAGGAGUCCAGAAGAACAAGCUCUUUUAUUUGAAUGACACGUUGAUGUGAAAAAACUGCUGCUGACAGAGAGUGUGCUUCAAAGUCCUGGAAUCCACCAGCUGUCCUGAGAAACACAAAUCUGUAGCAGGUGUUAAGUUUCUAUGUCAGAUGUUGGACGAAGCAAUAAACCACUAAGAAAACAACUCAAACCUUUCAGCACAGCCAGAACUCCUGGACCUUGUGCUUGUGAAUGCAGAAUUGACAUUAGAAGGUUUUUUUUUUUUUUAUUUAUUCCAAAGGUAGACUGUCCUUUAUGAAACAUGUUGUUUUAAUUUGUGUUAAGGUUUCUCCACUGUUCCAGUGUCAUCAUACACAUUGAUAACUAUGCAACAGUGUGACCGUCUUAUCUCAUUUAACAGGAAAACCUUGCUGCUCUGCGAUUCAAGAAGAUCAAUGCCUUUUAAAGCACUUAGUAACUACACCGAAUUUUUUUUCUCAUGUGCAACUACCAGCUCAGUGUUUGGUUCAUCCAUCCUAAAUGAAUCAAUGUCUUCAUUUUUUUUUAAGGUACAAGAUCAUUUUAUUCUUGUUGUGACUUUUUCGUCAUUCCACAGAUGAGUGUUUUAAGUUAAAUGUUAUUUUUGUUUGUUUUAAAGAGAUUAAACAUCAAUGUUCAGCAUCAAA